UCAAUAAAAAUUAAAUAUUAUGGAAUCUAAAGAGGAAGUUAGCAAAGGAAACGGCAGAAAACAGUCUUCUGCCACUUAUUUAUUUGAUGAAGAAUUAGAUGACAUAAACACAAGGCAAAAGGAACAAAAAAGUUCAUUAGAAAGCGAUUAUUAUACCAGGAAUACAGCUCCAAGUGGCAAUAGUAUUACUCCAAAUAAAUCAAAGAUAAGUCAAGGCUCAUUCCAGUAUAAAGAAGGGCGUAGCAGUAUUCUCAAAACUGGGAACUCAACCACUAUAUAUUUUGGUGAUGAUGAAGAUAAAAAUGAUGAUCCCCCAAUUCCUUCAGAAGAUACUGCAUGUACAGUUAAUAAGACCACUUGGGAAAACUUUCAAUGCAAGUUGAAAGAUUUUAGAAGAACUAUUGAUAAAAAGAAGGUUAAGGAGGAUCAAGAAGAUGAUUCUAAGCUUUCUUUACUAGAGAAGGAGAAGAUUAGAAAUAAGAUAAAUUCUGUACUACAGAAAGCUCACAAGCUGCACACUAAAGAAGAGAGUAGUUCCAAGAUUGUAAUCAUGAGGCCUGAGGCCAAGAAUCUAAAUAAAAGUAUCUCCUUAGUCAGAAUAAUGGAUAUUUCUGAAGCAGAAGAAGCAGGUCUUCAGAUACCCCCAGGCACUCGAGAGAAUUUAUGUAAAUAUGAAGAUGAUAUAUUAUACCUCCGACAUCAGCAGAAGAUGCAUAUAUUCCCAGUCGAUGGGGUUUAUUCCUCUGGGACUUCAUUAGAAAACGAAAUUGAUCAGAACAUUUCUCCUGAUCCUGAAAUAUUUACAAAACACUUUAAAAAUCCUCUUUUAAGAUGCCUCAAUGAGUCUCAUAAUAUGUGUGUAUUCACUGGUGGGCAGAGCUAUUCUGGAAAAGAAGACUGCUUAUUCGGAGACAGAUUGGAAAGAUCACUAGUAUUCGAGUCAAUAAAAUCUAUCUUCGACUAUAUACUUACUGAUGAGACUAAGGAUUUUGUAUUAAGAAUUUCUGCAUUCGAGAUUUUUAAUGAAAGGAUAUAUGAUCUCUUAGCUAUAAAUAGUAUUAGUUCCAAAAGUAAAAAGACUUCAUUUGAGCAAGUCACUGAGGAAGUAUGCUCUUCAAUUCAAGAGAUAGUGUCCUUGUGGAAUCUAUGUUUAAACAACAAAUCCAAGUUUAACUCCACCUGGAGAAAAGAAUUAGAAGAGAACAAAGAAGGAUAUUUCUCACGAAGAAGGCCAAAACAAUUCGCACACACUGUGUUCAAAAUUGUUCUAGAAAUCCAUGACAAAGAAGUCGAAGAAGAAACAACAGCAAAUAUGAAUGUUUCUUCUAUUUGAUUUGUAAAUCUUUCAGGCAUAGAAGGAAAUAUUGAUUGAGAGCUACUCAUCGAGAAAAACAAGCAGGAAAAAGCAAAGCUAAAGGAGAGCGAAGAUGAAAGGUUCCUAAAUCUUGCUCAGCAUGACUUAACCAAGUCCUUAGCUUACUUGUAUAAAAUCUUUGAAGAAUUAGGAAAUAAUAAAUCGUGAAAUGCUUCAAUUGAGAAUGAGUAUUUCAAUGAAAUCUUUGAAGCAAGCAAACUUACAAGUUUUCUUAAAUUCUACUUAGCUAAUGGCAAUAGUACUAUUGGCUUUGUGAGCUGAAUUUUACCUAUUGAGCUAUUUAGUAACUUUAGCCAUGACUGACUCCAUAAUGCUAGUUUGAUUGAGAACAUAUAUACUUCUAAAGUUCAUAAAAGUAUAUCUACUCAAGAAGGUUUUAAGAGCAAAUAUUUCGAGAUUAAAUCUGAAAUUCAAAGAAUAAAGGAUAAAAUUAAUGAAGCAAGCAAAGGGAGUAAGAAAGAUAUGCCCAAAUAUGACCUUGGAACUCUUCUUUCAGAAUAUGGAACUAAAAUUGAUAAAUUAAUGCAAAAAAUAUUGAAUUCUAACACAUUGAGACUUCAGAGUAUCAAAUUCAAAGGUGACUUCAUCAACAGGACUGAUGAAUCUGGCCUUUUCAGUCAUUGUGAUAGCGAUAUUUCUAGAGGAGCAUUUGAAAUCGGUGAUGAUUUCUUACCAAAUUUCGAAUUGAAAAAGAGGUCUAAAGAAGAUCAAGAGUUUGCUAGAAACCUUCUUCCAGAGUAUUUUGAAGAUAAAUCACUUGUUGAAAAACUAGACAUGGUAAUGGACAAUCAAGAUCUUUCUGAGUUAGAUAACACUAAAACAAAUUUAAUGCUGGAUGAUAGUUAUCUUGAGAUGGACUCUCUAAGUAACCUAGAUCAAGAACAAAUAAAGAUGAUACCUUUCGAGAAAAGACUGUCUUUGCUUAUCAGAAGAGAAUCUUUAAGAAACAUGACAGAGCAGUCAAAAUAAGUUAGGGAUUAAAAGAGCUCCAACAGUUGAUGUUUCACCAAAAUUUGAAAAAUUUCCUUCGAUGGAGUUUAAGAAAGAGGAAAGCACUAAUGAAAAACUCUUAAAUGCUUUAGAUGAUAUUGAAGAUAACUUGGUAAAGGAUGAUUUAAACUUCUCAUUUGCAAGGAUUUCUCUCCUUGAUUUUUCUGAAAGAGACUCAAUCGUGCAUGGUGCAUCAUUUAAAGAUAAUAAAGAAGAUGCUGUAAGAAUCAGUAGGAGAAAUUCUAUCAGGAAAAGUAGGAUUUCAAGGAAGAACAGUGAAAAAGACUUCAACCUCUUGGACGAGACGGAUGAAGGGUUACUGGAUUCAGAUACAUUUGAAAAUAUUUUCCCUCAAUUUGAACUUAACCAUACCUCAUCUGGAAUUAAAAAGACACAGACACUGGUACCAGGAAUGGCUGUAUUUACUAUUAUGGAAGAAGAUGAAGAAGAUGACUAUUAA